AUGGCUCAAAGCCCUUGGCGCAUUGUCGCAAUCGUUGUCGCGAUCGUGCUAGUUUUUUUGCGUGUCCGUCGAUACUUGGAGAUCCGCUCCUUCAAGAAAGCUCACGGAUGUGAAGCUCCCGUUCGCGCUCCCCAAAAGGAGCGCAUUAUUGGUUGGACCGCCUACCAGCAUCUGCAAAAGACUAGACGAGAACACAUCAGCUUGCAACAGACAUUCCAUAGAGCCAUGGAAAUCGGUCGCACCAAUACAGCAGUAGUGAUGGCUCAAGAGAUCAUAUCCACCUGCGACCCUGAGAAUAUCAAGACUGUUCUGGCAACAAAUUUUAAGGACUAUGGUAUUGGUCCUAGAAUGCACGCCAUGGGGCCCUUGUUGGGAGAGGGUAUCUUCACCACGGACGAUGAACGGUGGCAGCAUUCGAGAGCUUUGAUUCGUCCUAGUUUCACACGUACGCAGGUUGCCGACCUCAGCAGCCUUGAAACACACGUUCAAGCUCUUAUCUCUUGUAUUCCGGCUCACGAUGGAGAGAUAGUUGAUUUACAGCCUCUUUUCUUUAAUUUGACCAUCGACAGUGCCACGGAUUUUCUGCUGGGACAGUCGGUGAGUUGCCAGGGAAGUGCCGUGGGUUCUCCCGCUUGGGAAUUCUCCGAAGCUUUUGACCACGCGGAGCAAGUUCUUCACAAGCGAGGUGAGCUAGGUGCUUUGGCCUGGCUUAUUCGUGACGCCAAAUUCGAACCGGCCUGUAAAGUCGUUCAUGAGUUCACCGACAAGUAUAUUCGCGAGGCCCUAAAGGGCAACACCAAGGCAGGCCGAUACAAUCUGCUGGCAGAGCUGGCAGGCGCCUGUAGUGAUCCCAUUCAAAUCCGAAACGAACUCCUUAACGUUCUCUUGGCUGCCCGAGAUACCACGGCGGGCUUGCUUAGCAGUGUUUUCUAUCUUCUGGCACGCAAUCCUGACGCAUGGAACAAGCUAAGUCGGGAGGUGGAGGAGUUGGAUGGCAAUGCCCCCGACUACAAAGUUUUGAAGGAAAUGCCCUAUUUAAAGAGCGUACUGAAUGAAACCCUUCGCAUUCUCCCUCCAGUCCCAAUCAACAUGCGCUUCGCACGCCACGAUACAGUUCUUCCACAUGGAGGAGGUGCAGAUGGGCUAUCCCCGAUGUUUGUUGGUAAAGGAAGUCGAGUAUUCUACUCGAUUUGGGCUAUGCACCGACUUCCUGAGAUCUGGGGAGAUGAUGCUGAAACCUUUCGCCCAGAGCGCUGGAUGGAUGAAAAGGUACCCCUCCGCCCGGGAUGGGGUUUCCUACCCUUCAAUGGAGGACCUAGACUUUGCCUUGGACAGCAAAAUGCCCUGGUCGAGGCUAGUUACACUGUUGUACGGUUGUUGCAAGCCUUCGGUCGCGUGGAGGCCAGAGAUCCUAUGCCUUGGCAAGAGAAAUUAGCUGUUACGAUGAGCAGUUUGAACGGUACCAAGGUUGCUCUCUGGAAAAGGCAAUAA